AUGGAUGAGAUCACCGGCAAGGCGUGGAUGACGCCGGGAUCCGGGAGCUCUCCCGAGAGAGCAUACUGCAGGAUAUCCCCGCACUUCAGCACCGCAUUUGGUUGCCAAAAAGGAGUGGUGGUCGAAAAGGCGUCGAGCAACAAACCACUUAUCCGUGGGCUGCGCGCUCACACCCUCACUGCUCUGGAGCGACCGAGGAACCUCUUCCUGGCGCGACCGUUUGCCUCCGUCUGGACACUCUACGCCGCGACGUACGCGGUAGCCAACGGCGCCGAAAGCAUCACGAAGGACCUCGGGAUAGCGGCGGCCGGCACUAUCGUAUUCGCGUCGACGCUCGCAGUCAACAUCCCGCUGGGAGUCAAGAAGGAUCUGCGGUUCGCGCAGUGCUACGGGAGCGCAGCCGAGCUGGCGGCCAAAGGCGCAAUCAAAACCCCCACAUCGGCAGCGGUCCCGAAGGCGGCCACCAUCACGUUCCUGAUUCGCGACGCGCUGACCAUCUUCGGAUCCUUCGUGCUUCCUCCGCGCGUCGCGGCGUCGAUUCCCGAUGACGUUGCUGGUCCGCACGCCAAGGCGACGUUUACGCAGAUGACGGUGCCCGUCGUAUCGCAAUUGGUGGCAACCCCGGUGCAUCUGCUCGGCCUCAGUCUGUACGACCGAUCUGGAAAAGUGGCCCUUUCAGAUAGGCUUGCGGGGAUUUGGAGAGUCAUGCCGGCCGCGACGGCUGUGCGCUGCGUUCGAAUCAUCCCGGCCUUCGGGCUGGGAUUGCUCACUAAUAGGGAAGUGCGGUGGUUCUUGCAUGGAAAGCUGGGGGCUGAGUGA